AUGUGAAGCAGUCGAAUGUGAGUAUUUUGAAUAAUAAACAAAUUUAGCUCGUAAUACAUGUUUUCACUGUCAUAGAUGCAACUGUUACAUUUUCAUGCAGUAAUGGCACAUUCAUUUCUAAAUUAUGCAGAAUAUUUAUGCUGAAGAGAGGAUAUUUCACAAAUGCCACCUCACAUUUUUAGCUAGCUAGCAGCAUUAACCUCCAUGGCUCUCAGUCCCGAGAGGCUAACGUUAGCUACUAUCAAAACAAUCAAUACAUCUAGCUAUCUAGUGGCGCAAGAAGCGGACCACUAACAGUCGAAUACAAUGGACGACUCUGAUCAAGACUUCGUGGACCUCUGCUCUAAGUUGCUCAAACGAGUCCGCAGAAAAGCAGGCGUAACCGAGAAGAGAAAUGUUGCAGAGCCCUCGUCCCAGGACACUGCGAAAGACAUACCCACCAAAAGGGUGACGACUAGGAGGAAGAAGAAAGAUGUUGGCCCAAGUUCAAAGGGAGCUUUGGGUAACAACUCUGAACACGUUUCCUCCAUCUCUACCACUUGUGAUGAACCAAACCGACUUCCCUCCAAUACAGACAAAUCUAAACAAGCAGUGGUCAAUGGAGGUAUUGAACUUGGUGUUGGAGAGAAUGGGUCAUCAGGGGCUGUGGAUGUUGCUGGGUCUCAACCUGAGGAUAGGGGAAUGGGGGUGAAGGAGAAAGUGCUACACAGGAUGCAGCAGUUCAAGAGAGUCAGUCCACAGAAGCUGGCGCAUGGUGAGAGAAAUCCGCCUGCAGCAACAGGGAGUGAAAGUGACAGUGCUGCUCCCCAUCCACUGCCAGAUAAUGAAGUUCCAUCCACCUCCGCGUCCACUCCCCUACCACUGGACCCCCAGGUGGAUGACUCGGAUGAGGCCCUGGCCCUGCGUCUACAGGAGGAGCUGGACAGGGAGGCCCAGGCUGUGGCCCAGGGUAGUGCAGUGGACCUGGAGCAGGGAGGCCUGUUCUUCUGUCAGCUCUGCCAGAAAGACCUGUCUGCCAUGAGCCCCACAGGACGCACCCAACACAUCAACAGGUGUCUAGACGAGAGUGAGGACAGUGCUGCCCCCGCCCCUCCUCCCGCUCCCAGCGUCCCAGAAUGCCCCAUCUGUGGUAAACGGUUCAAGUCCCAGAAGAGUCGCGCGGCCCACCUGAAGCGUUGCUCCUCCACGAUGGGCGUGGCUCCUGUCGUGCUGCUGCAGGCUGUACAGAGACAAGUUGCUGAGGGCCUGACUGACAGCACCGCCAACCAACCUCCGCAGGCCGGAGGUUCCAAGCGUAAAGGCUCCACAGACCCCAGCCUCCCGGGCAGGAAGAAGCCCAGAAAGAAGCCCCGUGGCCUGGACGAAGACACCAUGGUGGCCAUGGCCCUGUCCCACUCCCUCCUGGAGCAGGAGAAAGAGAUGGAGCGGGACAUGCAGAGAGAGUUACAGAGGGAGAUGGAGAGAGAAGGUGGUCAGCAGCUCCCAGCCCUCCUCCCUCACAUUUCUCUGUCACAAUUGAAGUGGAGAGCUGAACCAAGUAAGGGGCGUGGCAAGAGGAAAAAGGGUGCACCCCCUCGCCCCCCUCCCCUCCUCCUGGUCCAGGACUCGGAGACAGCCCUGAGGCGACUACAGGAGCGCGUGGCUGGCCUCCUCCUCCGUACCUGCGCCCCCUCGCCGCCCACCCCCACACGCUGCCCCAGCUCCCUGCCCUCCUGCAGCACUGGUGCUGGCCCCCUCUGGCAGAAGAGUGCGUUGCGGGAUGGAGGGCCGAAGGUCAUCUCUGAGUUCUACACCCCAGAGCUCAGAGAGUUUAUACAGCCUUGGGUGUCUCUAAAGACGGAUAUGGUCUGUCCUACCAAGGCCAUGCCUGUAUCCUCCACCAACCUUUCCAUAACAGAAGGCAUCUCUAUGACCAAGCAACCUAUCCCCUCCUCCCAACAACCAGUCUCCUCCACCCAGGCAGCCCCCUCUUCGCUCCCUUCCACCCCAGGGACAGGGCACCUUCCAGUGGGCAGCCAGACUCUGUGUGACCUGAUGGAGCUGGCUGAUGAGGGAAUGACCCUCACACAGUGGGGCUAUUCUACCCCAGGACCUGCCAGAGACAAAGAGAACACUGCUACAGACUUCCACCUAAGUGGCUGUGUUCCUGAGAGCACAGACAAACCCCCUGACCUGUGUCUCAGUGGCUUCAUCCCAGAGAGCAUUAGAAACACUGAAAGCCAUCAACUGAGAUCUGUUCCUCAAAGCAGAGAUACCAACAGGAGCAACCAGAAAUCAGUGGCGCUGUCCAGGCUGGCCUCAGACCUGACCAGUAUGGUGAACAACCCCCAGUUCAGUGAUGUCCAGCUACAGGUGGACAGUGGGGAGGUGUACUUCACCCAUUCAUUCAUGCUGUAUGCUCGAUGCCCCCUGCUGGCGCAGAUGGUCCAUGACAGUGGAUUCGGGGUGCAGGAGGACUGCAUGCCCUCAGCCCAGAGGGUGUUGUUGGGUGAGGUACCAGGCCAGGCAGUGUAUACCCUGCUCCAGUACCUCUACACAGCCCACUGUCCCCUCACACGCACCCUGCUGCCACACGUUCAGGAGCUAGCAGCCAGGUUCAACCUGGAGGAGCUGCAGCAGCUGUGCCAGCUCUACCCAGCUCAGACAGACAUCCACAGAGGUGUAGAGGGACAGGGGGAUCAGUGGGGAGACUACCCAGCCCAGGAGCACCAAUCUGGGGGAGAGGAGGAGCACCAAGACCAGGUCUUCAUGGAGCUCCUCCACUCCAUGUGGAAUGAAGAAGAGGUUGAGGAAGAUGAGGACAGAGGAGAGGAAGGAGGGAUUGCAAUGGAGGAAGAGGGGCGAGGGGAUGGCGUGAUGAUAGAAGACGGAGAGACAAACGAAGAAAGGGUGAACGAAGAAGAGAUGGAGGAGAUAUAUGAGUUUGCUGCCACUCAGAGAAAGAGGGAUGAAGGGAAAGAGAGCGAAAAGGAAGAAUCAGAAGAAGAGGAGGAGGGAGGAGUGACAUUUUUCACAGAGACAGAAGAAGAGCAGGAGGCUCCAAUCCAAGCUCACUCAUUGGCUGAACACUCAGAUAAGGGUGAAUUAACAUGCAUGACAUCCCCUCAAACAAAACCUCCCAGUUUAGAGGCAGACAUAGCUAUUGGUGACAUUGACACAGACCGGGGGAAUCCAAAUAGGAUAAAAACUGAUCUCAACAAAUCAGAAGGUAGAGAUCCAGAAUGUUCUAGAACAGCCACCAUGGAGUCAGACAGAACUAAACAAUUUGAAUCAAACGUCACAAGCUCAAGAAGUGUUGGAGAGGUAUCAACGACAAAAAGCCUCCAUGACGAUCAAGAACUAAAUGCUAGUCUGGACCGUAGCUACAGCCGCCUCUUCUCUGACUCUUGGGGGGUCUAUGAGACGCAGGAGGAGCCCCACACCUCCCCACCAACACAACCAUCCUGCCACUCCCAACCCCCCAGGGCUAUCCAGAAACCCUUCUGCUCCCAGCCCCCCAGGACCAUGGUAGUGGGACAGCCGGAACUCACCUCCCCACCAUCCUCCCGCUCCCAGCCCACAAGGCUGAGGGUCGAUGGGGGUACGAGACAGACAGCGAUCCCUACCCUCCAGUACUCAGCCAUUGAAAUCAUUGACCUCUCCAUCAGUCCUCCUCUGGUCCCUGGUGUAGCCGCACUACCUGUUCCUGGUUUGUCCCCAGGGGAAGUGACUGACACCGGGGCACGAGUUAGGACGGAGGGAGUGGUGGGAGGAGGGAAAGUUCCUGUGUGUAAGGAGUUACUCCAAGAGAAGGUACCGUCUAGUCCAGAUGACUUAAAGAGAGAGAGUCAUGGUCCGUAUAGUAUUUCUCUACCCGUCUCUCCUCCUCACAGUACCAAAGAAGAACCUGAGCUUAUAGUUCUGUCUGACUCUAGUGAAGAGAUGGAGGUAGGGGAUCUAGCACCUACCAGCCCCUCUCCACCGCCCCCUCCUCGUCUCUCCCAGAACCACCAAGGCUACACCCCAAUCACAACUCAAUCCAACACAGAAUCCAAGAAAUCCAGCUCAAAGGAGAAAGAGACUAUUGGUGGUUCUGUGAGGGUUCCUUCUGUUUCACCUUCAGAUCAAGGCCUAGAUCCAGAUCCUCCUAGUUAUAAACCAGGUUCUAAUCCUGGUUCUGCUGGUUCUACUAGUCUCGUGGACUGUUCUGCAGAGAUGUCUUGGUUCAUCCCGGCCACUCCGCCCCUGCCGUCCAGGAGGACCAGCUCUAGCUCUACCCAGACCUUUAGUAGCAUGCGUCGCACUCAGCUCUUUCCUAAGGCCAACUCUUCUUCCUCCUCUUCUGCAGCGUCAGUUUUCUCCUCUCCCACCCUCCCUUUCAGGCCUAGCCGCCAGACCUCCAACCCACACAGGGUUUCUACACAUUCUGCCCAGACAGAGUCCUCUAUUUCUAGGCAGAAAUCAGACAGCAGAGGGCUUCGUGACGACCGCUCUUCCCAGAAAUACAACAGUGGUUCAGUCGGAUCUGACCGUGCUGCCCGCUCCCCAGUCCCCUCCAAAUCCCAACCAAAACGCUCCUGCUUUCCCCGCCUGACCCCCUCUCUCUCCGUCAUCCCCCCACCAGACCCCUCCACCAAGGGUACCCCUCUCCACAACAUCCCCCAGCCAUACAGCUCCACUCCCCUUUAUUCAGAUCUACCCAAGCCCUCUGCUCCGUCUCUGGCCUUCCCUCUUCUGAGAGACGGGGAGGGGGACAACGGAACCAGGCAGAGAGGGAGGGGGCUGGGGAUCUCUGGGAGCCCAUGGAAGAGAGGGGGACUGGCUUCUCUGGGCCUGAGAGAGGAAUCGGAUGAGAUGAUGAAAAUGGAGGAACUGGAAAGGAGUGUAGUGAAAGAAGAGCAGGAGGAAGAGAUGGGAGAAGACAUGGAGAGGUCCAGUAACAGCUUUCAACGGAGCUUCCUCGGGAUGGACGAGCCGCCCAUGGCCUUCGAUGACUCCUGGGGCCUAAACGCUGGAGGAGGGGACACGGACGGAGAACGAUCCCAGGCAGUGUGCUUCAGUCUGAGGCUAGAGAGCAGCGUCGGUGGGGCUAGUCCUCCAAGACAGGGCCGGAGAGAUGGAGAGAUUGCAGGACCAUCCUCUACUUUUACCCCCUCUCCUCUUCCUAAAGCCUACACCACCCACUCUUACUCCACCCCCUCUCCACCUCCACCCAACACCACUACACCCCAGGCCAACCCAGAGAUCAACGCUAACGUCCUGGACGCUGAGAUCUGGGACGACUGGGGGGAGGAAGAGGAUGAGGCUCUUCCUCUCUCUCAGAGGGUGAAUCCUGUGGCUCUGGCUCAGAGAGUGGCCCAGCUCAAGACUCCAGUGGCCCCCCGUAGGAAAGGCCAGCAGGGCCCCCUGGUCCCCAUCACCCCCAUGCCCAGCUACUCUGACAUGGACACACCUGACCUCAAGAACAAGCUCAACCGAUUCGGUGUGCGUCCCUUACCCAAGCGCCAGAUGAUCCUGAAGCUCAAGGAGAUCCACCAGUACACCCACCAGGUCGUCAGCUCAGAGUCCGAGGACGAGGCACCUUCCCUGGGUCGCCCCAGAGCUGUCGGGCCCCCACCCACCACCUCCUCCAUGGAGCCCACCAGAAAGCCAGUGUCCUGUGCCCAGACUGGGGGGUUUAAAGAGCCUAGUGGAAGAGCAGCACCUACCAUCUCCCUGGUGAAACUGUCUGGUGGGGAGGACAUGGAGCCUCUCUCUGCCUCUCAGGGAUCCAAUACGUCCUCCACAGCACCCAGUGAAGACUCUGAGAGGUCUAAUCCAGAGCAGUGCCUAUCUGACCACUCGGAUAACGAAGACAUUACUGCCUCGCAGUCUGCCUCCAAGCUCCAGGACAACCUUGUCGCUGUCCGUCGUUUCAUCCAGUCAGACCCUGACCUCUACGGGCAGAUCCUCCUCUACCAGCCCCUGGUCCUGUCAGACUUUCAGGACAGACUCAAGGCCGCAGGUAUCCGGCUGGGGGGCGCCAAGCUACUAGACUACCUGGAUUCGCAGUGCAUUACGUUUACCACAGCCAAGCCUGGACUGAGGGGAGGAAGAAAGAGAAAAGUGAAGGGGGCGACCAGGGCUGGAGGGAGGGGAAGGAGAGGGGCAGCUAAAACAGCAGAUUGAAGUUACCUUUCCCUCUACUGCAUCCCCUCAAAGGUGGAUUUUGAAAGGAUUUGCGGGAAAUAGUCUAAACUAAAUCAGUGGCAAUUAAGGCUGUAACGUGUUACUACCAUUCUGAGUUCUAGUUGGAUGUUGAACUGUUUCCUGUUUAUAUUGGUUGGAUUUCUAUAAUUAAGUAAUGUUUGUUCUCUU